GCUGAGGAGGCGACGGGAGCCGCGCGGAGCGCCGAGAGUCAGCAGGAGGGAGAAAAUGAAGGCCGGCUGCAGCAUCGCAGAUAAGCCUGAAGGAGGGGGAGGAUACCAGUUCCCCGACUGGGCCUACAAGACGGAGUCGAGCCCGGGCUCGCGCCAGAUCCAGCUGUGGCACUUCAUCCUGGAGCUGCUGCAGAAGGAGGAAUUCCGCCACGUCAUCGCCUGGCAGCAGGGCGAGUACGGCGAGUUCGUCAUCAAGGACCCGGACGAGGUGGCCCGCCUCUGGGGCCGCCGCAAGUGCAAGCCGCAGAUGAACUACGAUAAACUCAGCCGGGCCCUCAGAUACUACUACAACAAGCGCAUCCUGCAUAAGACUAAGGGCAAGAGGUUCACCUACAAAUUCAACUUCAACAAGCUGGUGAUGCCCAACUACCCGUUCAUCAACAUCCGGCCCAAUGGUGUGGUGCCCCAGAGCGCGCCCCCGGUGCCCACCGCCUCGUCCCGCUUCCACUUCCCCCCCCUGGACAGCCACUCCCCGCCGGGCGACGGGCGGCCCGGCCGCUACCCGGCCGCCCCGGACCCCCCGGCCGACGGCGGCGACCGCAAGGCGGAGCUCCCCGAGCUGGAGGACGGGCCGGCCGACUGGCCCCGCCAACGCCGCGGCGCCGUGGACUUCCUGACGGGGCGGGGGGCCGGGGGCCCCGCGCCCGCCGCGCCCCCGAAGCGCAAGCCGGACCUCGUGGUCCCGCUGUUCGCCCGGCCGGGGCUCUACGCGGACGCCGCCAGCCCCUUCGCCGUGUCCCCGCUGCCCGGCCGGGGGGCGGCCGGCGUGCUCAACGUGCCCAUCUCGCCCGCCCUGUCGCUGACGCCCACCCUCUUCUCCUACAGCCCCUCGCCCGGCCUCAGCCCCUUCGCGGGGGGUGGCGGCGGCAACUGCUUCUCCUUCAACCCCGAGGAGAUGAAACAUUACUUGCACGCCCAGGCCUGCUCGGUAUUCAACUACCACCUGAGCCCGCGGACCUUCCCCCGCUACCCGGGCCUGGGCCUGCCGGGCCCGCCCGCGGUGCCCCCGCCGCCCCCGGCCCCGCCCUGCCGCGGGGCCCCCGACGAGCCGGCCCCCUUCCCCAUCAAGCUGCAGCCCCCGCCCGCCGGGCGCAGGCACCGCGACAGGGCCGAGGGGGCCGAGGAGCCGCCCGCGCCCCCCCGGAUCAAGGCCGAGCCCGAGGCCGACGGGGAGCCCGCCGCCCCGGCCCGGGAGGACGGGGCCGCCCGCUUCGCCCGCCCGGCGGCGGCGGCGGCGGCGGCGGCGGCGGCCCGGCCCCCCGCGCCCGAGGCCCCGGAGCCCCCCGAGGCGGGCGAGCCGGAAGCCCCCGAGAAGAAGGAGGACGCCUCCAUGCCGCCCAAGCUGCGGCUGAAGCGGCGCUGGAACGGCGAGCGCGAGGUCCCCUGGAACCCCGCCGGCCCCCCGGCCCUCCUGGCCGGCCCUCAGGGGGCCGCGGACGCCUAGAGACCCCGUGGAUUGACGUGGCGAGGUCGCGGCGGGGGGCGGGGGGCCGCUCCGUCUACAUCGA